GCGUGAAAAUGAAGCUGUCAAACAGCCGCAAGAGUUUCCUCAAAGAGGGAUCGAGCAAUGUGCAAAGACACGGAGGCUGUGGAGCUGUGUGCGACAUGCUCAUCAUUGAUUCAUGGAGAUUAUAAACUUCAAAAAAUAUAUAUAUACCAAUUCUGAUUUUAACUAAGUAUGAGUGUGUGGGGUGAGGCGUUGAAUUCUAUCAUCACUGGCACACGUUUGGCUUCCAUGAAACUUUCCUGAUAAUAUGCUGCAGAGUUCGGCCUGGAGAUGAGGCAAGGGUCGCUCUCCGGGAGUGAAAAGAAUAAUCGCCCACGGUUGGGUUCGGAGUCAACGGGGGGAAAAUAGUAUGGACGUCCCGGCGUGGCGAAAUGGUUGGCUGGAGAGGAGCUGGUGCGCGCUGAGUGGAGGGGGACGGCGAGAGAAAUGGAGGCGGGGGGGAAGGACCAUCUCUGCGGGGACCGGAGACCGGGACCGACGGCGCAGUGCUGGCUGUCGUUCAACCCUCCCCUUCUUCCUCCACAACCACGCCGAGACUCACGCCGAGAGACAGAUACGAGACAAAACGACCACAAAUGAAUGGAGACAUGGAGGCAGCGGCACAAGUGCAAGUCUGGGCGCAGGAUGACCUUUUAAAGUUGCUGGAGGCCAUGAAAGUGGCCCUUCCUCAGAAAGACCUGACGAAAUACAAAACAUCAGAGUCCCACCUCGACUGGCAGAAGGUGGCCUUCAACACCUACACAGCAGAGAUGUGUAGGCAGAAGUGGCUGGAAGUCUCUAAAGAGAUUCGUAAAUUCAGGACUCUGACAGAACUGAUUGUUGAUGCUCAAGACUACAUCAAGAACCCUUACAAGGGCAAGAAAAUAAAGAAACAUCCAGAUUUCCCCAAGAAGCCCUUGACUCCAUACUUCCGCUUCUUCAUGGAAAAGAGGGCCAAAUACGCAAAGCUGCACCCUGAGAUGAGCAAUCUAGAUCUCACUAAAAUCCUCUCAAAGAAGUACAGAGAGUUACCUGACAAAAAGAAGAAAAAAUACGUCGAAGACUUCUUAAGAGACAAAGAAACGUUUGUGGGCAGUAUGAUGAAGUUCAGGGAAGAUCACCCAGACCUUGUGGAGAGCAUGGCCAAGAAAGGUUCAAAUGUUCCAGAGAAGCCCAAGACGCCUCAACAGCUGUGGUACAACCAUGAAAAGAAGGCCUUCCUCAAAACACGCCCAGAUGCGACCACCAAAGACAUUAAGGAUGGUCUAGGCAAACAGUGGACGCAACUGUCCGACAAAAAAAGGCUGAAAUGGAUCUCAAAGUCUCUGGAGCAGCAGAAACUGUACGAGCAUACAAUGCGGGAGUACAUCCAGCAGCACCCGGAACUAAACAUGGUUCAGGGGGAUUAUGUGAAGUCCACCUUGACGAAGGCUGAGAGGCACCUAAAGGACAAAUCUGAUGGCCGACCUGACAAACCACCACCAAAUGGUUACUCGAUGUUCUGCGCCGAGUUGAUGUCGAGCAUGAAGGACGUACCCAGCACGGAGCGCAUGGUGAUGUGCAGCCAGCGGUGGAAGCUGCUCAAACAGAACGAGAAGGACGCUUAUCAGAAACGCUGUGAACAGAGAAAGAAAGAGUAUGAAAUUGAGAUGAACAGAUUUCUCAGUAGUUUGUCAGUGGAGGAGCAGCAGCGGGUCUUGGGCGAGGAUAAGUUUGGUUUAAGGAAGGGCAGCGGAGCCAGCAGUCCUGCCUCCAAAAAGAAAAAUGCUAAAGCAAAGGCCAGCCCAGAGAAACCCAAAAGGCCCAUUUCCGCCAUGUUCAUCUUCUCUGAGGAAAAACGGCCCAAGCUACAGCAAGAGCGACCAGACCUCUCUGACAGUGAACUCACAAGACUGUUGGCACGCAUGUGGAAUGAACUGCCGGAUAAGAAGAAGGAAAAGUACAAACGCCUGGAGACGGUCCUAAAGGCAGAGUCAGAGAAGAAGGAGAAGGAAGAUCGUAGUCGUUUGCCAGACCCACCUAAGACUGCUCAGGACAUCUGGCAACAGAGUGUCAUAGGAGACUAUCUGGCUAGAUUUAAGAGUGACCGACCAAAGGCUCAGAAAGCAAUGGAAGCAACCUGGAGCACCAUGGAGAAAAAAGAGAAGAUUAUGUGGAUCAAAAAGGCAGCAGAGGAUCAGAAAAGAUAUGAGAGAGACCUGUGUGAGAUGCGCUCACCUGCUGCUGCCGCCAUUGCCUCAGGGAAGAAAAUAAAGUUUGAGGGUGAACCCAAGAAACCACCAUCAAACGGAUAUCAGAAGUUCUCUCAGGAGAUGUUGUCCAACGGAGAGCUGAAUCACCUCCCGAUGAAAGAGAGGAUGACUGAGAUCGGCAGCCGCUGGCAGAGGUUAUCACUGAAGGACAAGGACCGCUACAAGAAGAUUGCUGAGGAAAAGCAGAGGCAGUAUAAAGUCCAGCUGGAACAGUGGCUUGCGAGCUUGACCUCUCAAGAGAGGAACACCUACAAAGAAUAUACUUCACAAAAAAGGAGAACAACGGCAAAACCAGGAGGCCCCAAAGCAAAGUUCAAGAAAUCUGACACUGAGGAGGAGGAGGAGGAGGAUGAAGAUGAUGAGGAUGAGCAGGAGAAGGCUUCCUCCGACGCAGACUCAUCCAGUGAGGAUGACGAAGACGACGACGACGAUGACGAGGAUAAGGAGGACGAUGAAGACGAUGAGGCGGAGGACAAGGAGAACAAGUCAGAUGACAGCAGCAGUGAGUCAAAUUCACAGGCGUCUUCAGACUCUGAUUCAGACUGAAAUGGGCCACCGUCGUCGCAGAGACGAACUGAGCAGCGCUGAGCUGAGCCAAGAGUCCGGGGAGCUCUGCCAUUGUGCCAACCCUGCUCUCCUCCCACCACCAGAGGGAGCCCCUGCAUUGCCUCAUCCAUUUCACAUUCGCCCAGUUUUUGUUGCCGCGUCAGUGAUCUGUACUCACGGAGGGACCCUGCCCUUAUGUCCAAUAUCAGUUUUGUUCCCUCCCCGCUGUGAUGGUCAUCUCACAGAACGGGCCGUUGACAACAGCAUCCCACUGGUUUGGGGAUGUCGCUGGCUGCUGGUUUCAAUCUUGAUUCACAGGUUCAGUGGUUUAAGUUUGAGUUUUAACAUCCCUCCAGUGUUUCUUCUCUUAUUCCGGCAAUUAGUUAACGACAGAUGGCAUGAGUUGUCAACUGGCUUCAUGGAGCCAAAGAAUCUAGUAAGGGGGAUCACUUUAGGGAGGGGGGUGUGCGGGGCACUGAAAAAUUGCACUCUUCAGAAUGUUUCCUUUUAAUGUUUUUUUUCCAGAAUAUUGUUGCUUUUUUCUCUAUUCUCAAUUUGUGAUGUAGAUUUUAUCAUUUGGUUCUUAAAGAGGUGGUAUUUGUUCAGGAAAAAAACCAAGCCAUUAUGAAUGUCUUUUUUUUUUUUUUUUUUUUUUUCAUUUGAAAUAAGCAGUGCCUAUAAAAUGUUCACUCCCCUUGAGUUUUUCAUGUUUUAUUGUUGCUAACGUGGGUGUAAUGAGGCUUUUUGACUAAACCUUAACACGUUUUAAUAGAACAUUUAUUUGCUGCAGUUGUGGCUCCGCCUGGCUGGGAUGUCAGGUUUAGUGUGAAGUGCAGCAAACAUUUUAACAAAGCUGAAACUGACUGACUCACUUUGUGACAGCAACAAGCUAAUAGGAGACUUUCUUGUAAUAUCACAAGGAGAUGAUCUCAGAUACAAAACACAAAAUCAAUUACAUAUAUAAUACUUUUCUUCAAUAUUUACAAUAAAAACAGUGAAUAGCAGUUUCAGUUUUGUCCCUUUUACUGUUACACCCAACUGAGCACAUUUACAGCAGUGCCAUAUCCAUAAAUUCUUAUUUUUGAAUCAUUGGUUGACCUUACUGUGGCCUGCGGGCUCUUCCGUCCCUUGAAAUUCUUGCAUCCAUCCCCUGAGUUGUUGUUUUAAUUAAACUGAUUGAUUUUUAAUGUUUUUAUCAGAUAAUUAACUAUUAAACUGUUGGAGCUUCUACGUACAGAUGUGUUAACUGACAGUUUACACCUUGUUACACAUUGAAGUGAUCUCCAUUCAACUUUUGUGUUUUAAAACAAAUGAAUUUGUACUAAUUACUAAAUUGGUUGAAUGAAUUUUAUAUAACCACUUUACUCUAAGUUAUAAAGAUUGUUUUCAUGUCACUGGUGUCAAAAAGCCUUUUUGCAUCCGCUGCGUUUCAGUGUUUAGAAAACAAAAAGUCUCUGGUGGUGGGAAAUUUUUGUAGGCACUACAGGAUCCGUUGCCAUGUUUCCAUCAAUGAAAGUGUUAUUUGUCAUCACGCACACAUUCUCGAGUCAAUCUUCGUUAAUUCAGUUUGUUCUGCUAGUGACAAACAGUGUUCAGUGUUUGCAGUUUGUCACUAAUGCUCAUUUUCCAUAUUUAAAGCUCAAUCUGACCAUUUUUAAAGACUUUGUCAUACAGUUGGUGUGUGUUUCUUCUCUGUACCAUCGUUUUACAUUUCAUUUACAGUUUUUAUGAACUGUCAAUAAGUUUAUUUUAAUUGUGAGCAGUUGUUUUCUGAUUCAUCUGGAUUUUUGUUGUGGAUGUUCAGCUUUGUGGUUCCAUCUCUUUUUCUUUUUUUUGAAAUUGUAAUGGUAUUGACUGCGAUCCAAUCUGGAUUUAAGUCUAAUGCUUUUCCCAAAAAAAGUGUGCACUUAAUGUAAAUCUGUCCCUCUGUGUGAGUUUGUGUGCAUGCAUGCACAUAACUGUAUAUAUGAGGGUGUAUUUGUGUUUAGUUUUUUUUGUUUUAAUGUUUGCUUUUUUUGCUGUUAUGUUGCAUACCAUGAUGUGACUGCAGCAUGCAUGUAUGUGCCUGUGUGGGGACGUCAUACCAACACCAUGAAUGUAGAUAUUGUUAAAUCUUUUUCAUUUUUUCUCUCUCCAAAGUUCUUCAGUAAUUCUUCGUCUCGGCACCGUCGUGUCAUUUGUUACCUGAAAACGGACAAAUACUGUCAUUUAAGCUUUGCAGACAGAUGAGUACAUGGCAACUAUUGAUAAUCUGUUAGUAAUAGACUGAUUUUGACCAUUAUGAAUCUCAUCAAAAACUGAAAUAAAACCAGCGUGGGCUAUUUAAAUAACUUGUGGGAGGUAAAAGGAAAGUGAUUGCUGAUAUCGAUUGAUGGGAGUUUGUAAAAGGGAUUUGGGGAGAAAAUGAGUUGCCAGUGGAAUUUGGGUAAACAACAAAAAAACGAAAAAAACUUGUAAUUUUUUGUAAAUACUGUUUUUGUAUUGAGUGCUUAUUGUUUUGUUAGGUCUUUAAUUUGGCAAACCCUCAUCUGUGACUUCUGGGGCCAGUGGGCCUUUCACUCACGGGGGAGAACUUUUGGUUGAAUUCACCUGUUUUAGUUGUUUCUUCUCUCCCUUCUGUUGGUUUAUAGAAAUAUCUAAGACUGCAAAGCUUUACAAGUUUGUACUGCUGACCAUUUGACAAAAUUUGAUGUUUUCUAUAGCUGAGGGUGCUCUCAUGUCCUUGUAGUUCAAGUAUUUGGGCAAAUAAAAAAAUAUCUUUA